AUGGGGCAAGGACACUCAUCCGCUGCGCUGCCCAUCGGACCUACCGCCAUUGAGACUGCGGAACUGUCUGAUUUGACUUAUGAGAGAUCACUGGGAGGUGCACGAUUCCUCAGAACCGUCAGAGCCAAGCAUCAAAAUGGCAUCGUUGUCGCGAAAUUGAUAACAAAACUGCCCAACGUACCCUACAAGCGAUAUGGUCAAUUGUUGCGGGAAGAGCGCCAGAAGCUCAGAGGAGUUCCCAACGUCCUUCCGUACUCGCGCAUUCGAGAGACCAACACGCUUGGGCUGCUUGUGCGCCAAUACAUACACCACUCACUCUAUGAUCGAGUGAGUAUCCGACCGUUCUUGGAGACCAUCGAGAAGAAAUGGAUCGCUUUCCAGCUUUUGUGUGCCGUCAAAGACUGCCACAGUCGAAAUGUGUUCCAUGGAGAUAUCAAGUCGGAGAACGUCUUGGUGACUUCAUGGGGAUGGGUGUAUCUCACCGAUUUUGCCUCCCAAUUCAAGCCGGUAUACCUACCUGAAGACGACCCGGCCAAGUUCACCUACUUCUAUGACGCUUCUGGACGAAGGACAUGUUAUCUUGCGCCAGAGAGAUUCACAGCUGCUGGGCAAUUGCAACGAGAGGGAGAUACCGUGCAGUGGAACAUGGACAUCUUCAGCUUGGGUUGCGUUCUUGCCGAAUUGUUCACGGAAACGCCGACAUUCACACUCGCCCAGCUCUACAGAUACCGCAAGGGCGAAUACGAUCCUACCGUUGCGCUGCUCAACAAAGUGGAUGAUGUGCACGUCAAAGCACUGAUCAGCAGCAUGAUUCGUCUGGAUCCCACCGAACGAUGGCAUGCUAGUGAUUAUCUCGACGAGUACAAGGGCAAAGCAUUCCCGCUUUACUUUUACAACCACUUUCACACCUUGAUGCAGGAGAUUACAGACCCAAGCUCUGGCCGCAAAUUUGUCACCACCAGCGAGGCCAACAACGGCGGAUCAGAUGACCGUAUAGAGAGAAUAUACGAUGAUUAUGAGAUGCUGUCAGUCUCUCUUGACUACCAAAGCUCGCAGCCCGCUGCGCCCGCAGAGCCCUCGUAUCUCACUCGGCUGUUUCCUCUGCAAGUGGACCUUCCCAACAGUCGUCAUACUGCACAUGCGGUGCAGUCAACCGGCAACGAAAAUGGGACAUUCAUAUUGCUGAAUGUCAUCACAGCUUCGAUCAGGAGUUGUGCAAGAUCGGCAUCAAAGAUUCGCGGUUGUGAGUUACUACUCGCUUUCGCGGAACGUCUUCCGGACGAGGCAAAGCUGGAUCGCAUACUGCCGUAUGUUGUGCUUCUCCUGGAAGAUUCAGACGAGUUGGUCCUUGUCGCAGCGCUGAGGACCAUGACCCAAUUGCUCUCACUAGUGACGGUCGUAUCGCCUGUGAACUCCUUUCUCUUCACGCAAUACAUAUUCCCACGAUUGCAGGUGUUUGUCAAGACCUCUGGAUUUACAGGAAACUCACUGGUUCGAGCAACGUACGCUGCCUGUCUGGGCAGUUUAGCCGACACCGCGUCCCGUUUUCUGGAUAUAAUGCAGGCACUGAAAGCGGAGGGAUCGCUUCCUUCGUCCGAAAAAGGAGGUGACGAAGAUGCGGACGCUUUCACGGGCAACAGCGAAGCGUACGAUGGCAUACGACUGGAGAUGCUUGACCAAUUCGAAGGCCAGACCAAGGUCUUCUUAACAGACACGGAUACAGCAGUUCGAAGGGCCUUCUUGACAUCUGUAUCAAGCCUAUGUGUCUUCUUUGGGGAGACCAUGGCGAGCGAUGUGAUCCUCAGCCACUUGAAUACUUACCUCAACGACCCAGACUGGCUUCUCAAGUGUGCAUUCUUCAGAACCAUUGUUGGUGUUGCUGCGUAUAUUGGCGGUGCAAACCUGGAGGAAUAUCUCCUACCACUCAUGCUUCAAGCUCUCACCGAUCCGCAAGAGUUCGUGGUCGAGCAGGCCCUCCGUUCAAUGGCCAGCAUGGCAGAGAUGGGACUGCUUCAGCGUGCAAAGACGUGGGAACUCAUUGACACUGUCGCUCGUUUCCAGAUGCAUCCAAACCUAUGGGUGAGGGAGGCUGCCGCCCAUUUUGUCUCUGCAGCUACAACAUAUCUCUCAAUGGCCGAUGUAAGAAUUUUGGUGGCGCCCUUGGUGCAGCCGUAUCUGAAAGUCCCUAUUGGCACCCUUUCGGAGUCUGAAAUCUUGGAUGCCUUGAGGAAACCAUUACCGCGAGCAGUGCUGGAUCUUGCAUUGCAGUGGGCAGGAAAAGUGGAGCAAAGCGUGUUUUGGAAACCUGCACGAGAGGCCAGGCAGCUGUCCUCGAAUGCGACAAGCCAGAUGCCACCGCAGUCUUCAGUGGCUGGUCUCGGGCCCAAGUCGCUCGCAAAAGUACCAAGGACCGAUGAAGAUGAGCAAUGGCUUGGACGGCUGCGAAAUGCCGGCAUGCGGAGCGAGGAUGAGGCGAAGUUGCUUGCUUUCCGAGAAUACCUUUGGCGUGCCGCGCGCCGCGCAAAGAGGGACGGUGAUGCCGAGGAGCACGGGCUCUACGAGCAGAUCGUGAGCCUUACGAAACUAAAGAUCAAUCCGCAGACGGUCAUCUUCAGUGACAACGUUGAAGCGUACGAGGACCACAUCGACCAUCAGAAUCGCACCAUUGCCGAGGCCAUAGAAGAGGCGUCCGGCGCAUCAAAAGGCCUUGCUAUUAAUGGUGCCGGGGCCUCGGAUGCCCAGAGCGUUGAUGGUGGAUCUGACGCAGGUGUGCCCAUCGCACAGCGGGCACUCAGCGGCUUUCGCACCAAGACUUCCGGCAGCUUGUCUUCGUCUCCCAGCUCUGGCAUUGGUCUUCUGGGUCGGGACGUCGAGCGAGCAUUGCGUCCGAAGGGAGCAGCAGCAGGACUAUUGGCGGGCGCUGAUUUGCGCAACAAAGCCUCGGCCGAGGUGGCCACAGAUGGCAUCACAGCAUCAGGUAGACUGAAUUCGCCCAUGCCGUCCAGUCGUCGUGCAUCGCCUACAGUCGACCAUGGGGAGCAAUGGAGAUCAGCGAAACCCGCAGUCAAGCGCGCAUCACACAACUACACGGGCAGUGAUCCCACCGUACUCAAGCUUCUUGAUGCAGUCUACGUGGACAGCUUCCCGGUGGAUGCCGUCGACUUUGGUCCAUUCGUGCAGGCAAAAGCGAGUGUAAUCUCAUCCAACAGUAACCAACAGACACCAGGGCCGUGGCGACCGCAAGGYCAACUCGUUGCGGUUUUGGGAGAGCACACAGGUGGUAUCACUCGCAUUAUCACUGCCCCGAACCACCUGUUCUUCCUGACGGGGUCGACUGACGGAUCUGUCAAAGUGUGGGAUGCCAGCCGGCUGGAACGCAAUGUCACACAUCGAUCUCGUCAGACAUAUCGUCUUCCCGCCGGAGUGAAGGUGACGAGUCUGUGCUUCAUUGAGGGGACAAACUCCUUUGUAUGCAGUGGCUCAGAUGGCAGCGUGCAUGCAGUGAGAGUAAAUGUUUCGGAAUCAAACAACACGGCACAGUAUGGGAAGCUACGGGCGAUCAAGGAGUGGGCAAUCCCUACUGUGAAUGCCGGAGAGCAUGCCGUUUGGUCUGAACAUUUCCGCGGAGAGGCUGCCAGUAUGCUGGUGCUCGCUACGAAUCUAGGAAGGAUUCUCGCGAUUGACAUGAAGUACAUGUCAAUCAUCUUUGAUCUUCGCAACCCACCACAUCACGGAACACCGACGUCAUUUUGCAUUGGCCGUCGCCAUGACUGGCUGCUUGUAGGAACUUCUCAUGGCGUGCUGGAUCUGUGGGACAUGCGCUUCCACGUAAGAGUGCGCUCGUGGACAUUUGCGAGCCCUGCGCCUAUAACGCGCCUGCAACUCCAUCCUAGCCGGRAAGCUGCAAGACGUAACAUGUUCUGCAUGACUGGCGGGACUGCUCCAGGGGAACUGACGGUGUGGAGCGUGGAGAAGGCCAUCUGUUACGAGGUAUAUCGCCCAGCUCACGUCGAUGGCAGAGAUCGAAUGCAUCUACGAGACUACGAAUUGCGCAACAUGGAUGAUGAGAAGGCGGAAGGUCCGCUGAGUCGAAUGGCUGGUACAGACCCCAUCCAGGCCGAACAGAACAGCAACUUGCCCAGUUCAAGUACCGUGUCCUUUUUUGGUGGUCAGCGGUCGCAGAAAGACCCUGACGCGCAACAUCCAUUCGCUGUCACAGGUGGACCCGAUGGGAAAGUCCGCUUCUGGGAUUGUGACCGCUUGGAAGGCUGUAGACUGGUCAGCGGCGGUGCUCCAGAUGAGCAGCCCACCUACACAUUCAGCCAGCUGAGCAUGGAUACCCGUGUGCUGACAGAGAAGCCAGCAGACUCUUCAUCACAGGCUGGUCAUGCCAUUGAGUCGAACAAGGUGGCUUCGGGGAAGAAGGUCGCUGGUACAGGACCAAACAAGCCGCCCUCUCGCUACGAGACUAUUCGCAUGUCGGCGCAGAAUUUGCUAAAUGCACAUCUGGAUACGAUUACUGAUGUUGCAUUGCUGGAGCAGCCUUUUGGUAUGGUUUUGAGCGCUGACAGAGCUGGGCAGGUCUUUGUACAUCAGUGA